AUGGCUCAAAUCGAGCGCAUACUGGCUGUUGUUCGAAACCAUGCAAUGCCCGUGGCUGGCACAAGUACUUCUCAAGCUCGCCACGAAGAACUCCUCGAACAGACAGUAUGGGCUGAGGAUGCAGCGCGAAAGGCUGCUGAUGAUGCUGCUGUAGCUCGCUCAGAGGCUGAACGAACGAGAGAUGAGCUAGCUGAGCUACGAGCAGAAUUUAGAGCCUAUCGAAAUUCCAGUGAGCUUCGACAGGAUGAAGUGAAAGCCAUCCUUGAUAAUCUGUCGAACCAAGUGCCUGCCCAGCUUGAGUCACUCUUCGAAGGGCUGUCUACUCUCCUUUCCCGUGGUGAUGAUACCAACAAGGGGGAAAAUACACAAAGGGGAGGAGGAAGAGGCAAGAAAAGAGCAAGAAGCAGUGAACCAGCUGGACCUCCUGUGAAAAUUCCAAAGCAAACGAGCAAGCAAAUGGAGGAAGCCAAAAGGGCAGAAGCUGCAAGGUUUGGAAGCAAAGAAGAUGAUAUGCGACAUCUAGUUCUCAAAGUCUUCAAUCUGUUGGCACUAAUAAAGAUAUCACUCCACAGCAACAUGACUCCAGAGGAAUGUGUUACAUGGUGGAAAGAGGGAGUGAUUGAAGGAGAUUUUGGAGUUAUAGGAGGGGAGGGUAGAUCACAACUUAGUGGCAUUAGCAGUGAGGUGUGGGCCCGGCAGGAGGCUGACCGGGUUACCGGCCUCCCCGGCUCGCCGCCGGUGAAUUUCCGGCAAUAUGCCGGAUACGUUAGGGUGAGCCAGAAGCAUGGGAGAGCGCUUUUCUAUUGGUUCUUUGAGGCCAUGGAAAACCCUGAGGAUAAACCUCUCGUUUUGUGGCUCAAUGGAGGGCCAGGAUGUUCAUCAGUAGGAUAUGGUCUUUUAGAGGAGUUGGGACCUUUCCUCUCACAAAAAGGGAAACCAGAGCUGAGGUUCAACAACUACUCUUGGAAUACAGCGGCCAAUAUGCUGUUUCUAGAGCAGCCUGUGGGUGUCGGAUUUUCAUACACAAACACCAGCAGUGAUAUCGGGCGACAAGGCGACAAAUUUGCAGCUCAUGAUUCAUAUAGAUUUCUACUCAAAUGGUUUCAAAGAUUCCCACAAUUCAAGUCCCAUGAAUUCUACAUUGCUGGCGAAAGUUAUGCAGGCCACUAUGUUCCUCAACUCUCAGAACUUAUCUAUGACAAGAACAAAGUUGUUCCAAAGGUUGAUCAAAUAAACUUCAAGGGUUUGCUGAUAGGUAACGCGGUGUUGGACGACGAAGCAGAUCAAACAGGGUUGAUAGACUACGCAUGGGAUCACGCCGUGAUUUCCGACCGCCUCCGCGACGACAUCAAAGCCGCCUGCAACUUCAGCUCCGCCACCUCUUCCGCCGAAUGCGACGCCCAGCUCAACAACUAUUUCGCCGUUUACGAUAUUAUUGAUAUGUACAGCUUGUACACCCCAACCUGUGUCCGAACCAACAGCACCGCCACCAAGAAGUCGGUUCCUGUCGUACGAGGAAUCGCCCCUCACCUUUUCUCCAAAAUGGCUGGAUGGCACAAGAAACCAUCAGGUUACGACCCAUGCGCGACUGAUUAUACAGAAGCAUAUCUCAACAGACCUGACGUCCAGAAGGCACUUCAUGCCAACGUAACUGGGAUUUCCUAUCCAUGGACUCAUUGCAGCGACAUUAUCAGUGAUUGGAAAGAUGCACCAUCUACCAUUCUUCCUAUAAUCAGGAAACUUGCAGCAGCGGGUUUGCGCAUUUGGGUUUUCAGUGGAGAUACUGAUGGAAGGGUACCAGUAACUUCUACAAGGUAUAGUCUCAAAAAACUAGGGUUCAAUAUCACUGAAGAUUGGACUCCAUGGUACACUGAUAAUCAACAGGUUGGGGGAUGGACAGUUGUUUACGAAGGACUCAUGUAUGUGACGAUUAGAGGAGCAGGGCACGAGGUUCCAACUUUCAAGCCAAGGGAAGCACUGCAGCUAGUUACCCACUUUUUGGCCAAUAAGAAAUUGCCAUCCCACCAUAUUGAUUGA